GGAGCUGCUCAUGCACAUCUUGGAGCGCAACUCUCAGGAACAGCUGCGCUCUUUUUUCCAGGCGUACGGCGCCGUGGAAUCCGCCGCCAUGUGCUACCUCAUCGCCACCUCCGCCCCUCCCGGCACCCUCACCUCCUCCUCCUCCCUGGGCCCCGCCGGCUCCUCCUCCGCCACCCUUGGCGGCCCGCUGGGGCCCUCCUCCGGCUCCGCCUCGUACGGCGGCCUCGCCGGGGGCUCGUCGUACUGGCCCUCCGUCGCCUCCUGCUCGCUGGGAGGUGGCGGUGUGAGUGCGGUGGCUGCCAGGGCUGCGGCAGCGGCGCUGGAGAAUCCGUUGCUGGUUGGGGAGGCGAGGAUGCCGGAG